CCAAUUGAGAGUUUGGAGUUUCCAAAUGUUCCAGUUCUCCCAGCGCAGUUUUCCUCUACAGAUAUUCCACCUUACAACUUUCUCCACACUCACUCUUCUCUCCCCCAUACCCACCUCCCUUGUCAACAGUCAAAGUUCCAACAACAAGUUCAUCCCAUUGUUUUAUGCUGCAAAAGGGUCUCUCCAAUCUCAAGGAGGGGCAUCUGGUACAGUUUCCCUCCCCCCACUACACCAAUACACAUCUAACCUCCGUCUCCCGAACUCAAACUUUAUCACUUCUAAAUCAGGGUAUCUUGACUGAAAGUGGAAGAUGCCAAGAGCUCAAAAAUGUGUGCAUUGUGAUGACAAUGACUAGCUAGCUAGUCUCCUGGCGGUAUUUUGGUUGAUUGCGGACUCUCGGGUGUCGCAAUCACUUUGACCAUCGAAGCGAGGAGACACAUUUGUCAGUAGAGAGUACUGUUCAUCACAGACGUUAUCUUAACCUGUUUAUUAUCGUGGCUGGUCAUCUUAACUUGACGACUGGUGGUCACCGUCACCAUGUUGAUCCGCAGACUGGUUGUCGCUGGUAUCAUCCGGACCUGUUGACUCAGUUGCGAAAUCAUCCGACAUGGGAGAAGACCCCAUUGAAGGUAGCAACCGUACAGUUUAAAACAACUCCAUCAUUACCAAAAAGGAUAUCGGGAGACGGAGAGGAUUGGUGAUUUAUUAAGAAGAAUUGAGAUGAGCGCGCAAAAUUUAGACGAUUUCAGCGCCCGAGGCAAAGGCAAAU